ACCGAAAAUUGCUGACGUUGGCAAAACGCACACGUGGAAGAUGCGGUGGCGGAGCCUGGUUCAAGAUGUGCUAGGUGUCAGAGCAGUGCGAUCUGGGCUGUGGCGGUCAGCCAGACAGCUGUCGAUCUCUCUGCGGAGGUAUAGGAGGCUGGAGGACGAAGCACACGAGGUGAGGGAGCGACUGGAGAGAAACAUCCUCCGCGCUGGGCUGCGGCUGAUGAAAGGAGACAGAGCCGCGCUGGAGGAGAAUGUCAGGCAACGAGCCGUCUCCGUGGACCUGGAGAAACUGUAUCAGCUGCAGUCAGAGUACUUUGGUCUGAAUGGACACCUGCAGACACUCAGACAGCAGCGAAACAUCAACAUUCAUGCACAAUCAAAGGUGAUGAGGGGUGAUGGCAACGAACAUGUUGAGAAAGGAAGACAAUUGAGAGACGAAAUAGCCGAGCUGGAGGAUCAGAAGUCGGUGUUGGAGCGAGCGAUGUACCCUCUGGUAUCCCUUCUUCCCAACACAUCUCACCCUCUCUCUCCUGUUGGAGGAUAUGAGAACGUUAAAGUCAUUCGCACACAUGGGAACAAGCCAGUGUUUGAUUUCCCCGUCAGAAGUCACGUGGACAUUGCAGAGUCUCUUGGCCUCGUUGACUUCAGCUCCGCGGCGAAGGCCAGUGGCAGGAGGUUCUACUACCUCACAGGGGCAGCGGCCCUCCUGGAGUUGGCUCUGGUCCAGUAUGCCAUGCACAAGGCUUGCGGCAAGGUCACAUAUUUACUCUCUCAUCAGUGCACACAUACACACAGACACACACACACUUUAAAGGAUAAUGUGAGCACGUCUGCUAGAAACUUGACUGAGAACAUAAUUAUGCUCCCGGCAAACUGAAGUCCAGAUUUUCUGUGAAUUGUGUCGGUGCCGUGUUGACUGCUCCCAACUGACUAUCCCUCCCUCCAGGGAUUCUCACCAGUAAUAACUCCAGACAUAGUCAGGACUGGAGUAGUGGAGGGGUGUGGUUUCCAUCCCCGUGGGGAAGCCACACAGGUCUAUGCUCUCCACCAUCACCAUGGUCACCUCUCUCUCUCCGGGACAGCCGAAGUUCCUCUGGCUGGAAUGUUCAUAGAAAAGACUCUGACGGUCGACCAACUGCCAGUGAGACUGGUGGCCUUCGGCAGGAGCUACCGGGCCGAGUCUGGAGGUGCUGGCCGUGCUGUAAAGGGCCUCUACCGAGUUCACCAGUUCAGUAAAGUGGAGCUGUUUGCCGUGACAGAGACAGAUGAGGGAGAUGGGGGAGAGGGAGGAGUACUGGAUGAAAUGGUUGCUCUUCAGGAAGAAAUCUGUGCCGACUUGGGCCUGCAUUAUCGAGUGCUGGAGAUGCCGACGGGAGAGCUGGGAGGCCCCGCCCACAGGAAGUUGGACGUGGAGGUGUGGAUGCCGGGGAGGGCGGAGUUUGGGGAGGUUUGCAGUGCCUCGGACUGCGGCUCAUUCCAGAGCCAGAGACUUGGAAUCAGGACUGUGGACCGUGGGGAACGCUCAUACGCACAUACCCUGAAUGCCACUGCCUGUGCCGUCCCUCGCACCAUCAUCGCCAUACUGGAAAACCACCAAAUGAAGGAUGGGAGCGUAGUUGUACCGCCUGUUCUCCACCCCUACCUACCUCCAGACUGCCACCAUAUCAUGUGACACUCACACCACCAUCACAUGACAGUCACCCAGUUCAUAAUAGAAUCACAUAAAAACACAUUCUAAAAAUCUGUGUAUAAACAAACACACAUUCAGUGUUAGUUCAAGUG